UACACCGAUUGGUCAGAACUAUCCGCAUAGGGACUGCAGUGAAUUCAAUAAUAGCUUUCAACUUGCAACUCAAGAGAGGAUAAAAGCAUCUCUGUCCGACAGCAAAAAACUUGCAGUCAACUGUACGCUGAAAGUUAGCUGGAAUCCCACCAAGGGUUAUUCCAACAGAAUGUCUGACCUGGAGAACGCAAUGGUCACUAUUAUUGAAACCUUUCACAAAUACAGUGGAAGAGAAGGAGAUAAGCUGAAGCUGAAGAAGGUGGAACUGAAAGAGCUCAUUAACAACGAGCUCUCCAACUUCAUUGGUGACAUUAAAGACCAAGAGACUUUGGACAAGUUGAUGGAAAGCCUGGAUAGUGACGGUGAUGCAGAGUGUGAUUUUCAGGAGUUUGUUGCUUUUGUUGCUAUGACAACUGCGGCUUGUCAUGAGUUUUUCGUCCAGGAGGAUGAGUAAAUGGGCUAUAUGACAGCACAAUGGCACUGGAAGCAAAAUUCAGAGCAGGGUUCUGCCUAUGCAGACACUGCAGAAAUAAUAAGCAAUUCCAGGCAAGCGCACCCUCUUGCAAACUAACCUUCGCCUCUGUGUAGUUGCGAAGAAGCCCAUUAUGCUGCAUAAAGCACAGGGUUUCAGCGACAGCUACUGAUGAACAGCACUAAUUUGAAAGCAAUGUAACACAAGCGAGGCUGACGAAGAUUGUGUAAUGCCAAAAUACGUUUAAUCAAAUAAAGAAUUAACAAUACCUCUUAGUGUAGGUGAAAGACUGGAUCAGUGAACAGUUAAACAUGCUUGUAAUGGAUCUAUAAAUAAAAUGAGUCACUUUGCACAAUGGCACAAUUUUGUCUGGCUGUUUUAAUUCCAGCACUCUCCCAAAAUGCUGAACCUGCUGAGCAUUGGUUCCAUGGGUACUGGCUGAUCUCCAGUUCUUGUGUGAGCUUCAGUGCUGAGUCCCGAAGGCCAUUUCUCAGUGCUCAGCCUAAUAAUGAUUACCCAUGGGCACCGAACAUGUUGCCCUGCCCAUUUCCCAAAGCCUAGACAAGAUGGCGCUGACGUAGGGUGACUCUUUGUGAGCUCUCUACAGCAGAUGUUCAAUCACCCUGUGACCUUUGUGUCUUUGUAUGU